UACAUUUAAACCGUAGUUUCUCCAUGUGAUCUGUUGUUUUGAUUGAUGUCUUUAAUUUGAUAUUUCUAAUUUUGUUGUAAAAUAUUUAUAACUGAAAUCUACUUCAUAAUGUACCUCAAUAUCGUGAUUUUUUAUUUACUGAUUGCGCUUACAAAGGCACAAGAGGUUUACCAGCAGACCAAUUUGGAUAAACUGUUGACCAUAAAGCUUUAUCAUUCAAUAAAUUCUCCUGACAGUUAUAAAUUGAGGGGGACAAUUAUAAUACCUUCUUCCAAGGAAAAAGAUUUGGUGAUUAAACAAGACAAACCAUUAACCGACGAAGAAAUCAAUGAUCUUGAUAAAGCCGCUCGUAACAAUGGGUUUUAUUUUUUGAAAGCUGUGGCUUAUAAAAGUACCAGUGAAGAUCAAACAAAAAUGGCAACAUCAUUCAUUGAAGCUUGUUCAUUGGUACAAUCUGGUCUAUCUGAUAUAAUUAUGAUUUCAUUAGACUACUAUGGAAAUCUAAUUGGAAUAAGCUUGACAUCAACAAAUCCAACCUGUGAAUCUUCAUACUUUUCUACUGAUUCAAGCAAUAAACUCGAUACAUUCAAUACAACAGUAAAAUUAAUUUCAACAACCCUUGGACCUGUUCCGGACACAUUAUCUUACAUUCAAAGAAUGGAACAAGAAAAAAAUGAAAAACUCAGAGGAGAUAAAGUUGAUAAUCGAUCUUUCUUUGGAAAAUAUUGGAUGUACAUCGUGCCUGUGGUUAUUUUUGUACUCAUCUCUAAUUUGGCAAGUCCUGAAGGAAUGGAACAAGCAGCAGCAAGAUAGAAAUAGUGACCAUCUUAAAUAGCACUUCAUAGUGGCUUAAAAAGCUACGAAAAGGUAUCAGAUAUAAACAGAGUAUUGCACUAACUAUAUUAACAGGAUGGACUUUUUCAUAACACGAAAUAAAGAAAGAUUGCCAAUCCACCAAUUGUCCAUACCCAAAAUAUAUCUUCAAUUUAUGGUGUCAUUACAGAUACUCAACGUAAUUUAUGUUUUUUUUCAUUCCCCUGCUUUGAAAGCUUUUUAUCCUUAUUUUUUGGCUAAAGAGAACAGUAAAGCUACCCCAUUUUUAAACCAAA